ACCGAUCUAAUGCAAAAACACACGAGCCAUGUCUGGUCUCGAAGCUAUCGGUAUCGCAGCGAGCAUCAUUCAAGUAGCUGAACUGGGUACCAAGCUUGCGGUCAAACUGUGCACUUUCUACCGCCAGGUUAAGGAAUCGAAUGAGAGUAUUCAGAAUCUGUCGAGCGAUGUUUCGCUGACGUGCAGUAUUUUGCAUCAAUUGGGGGAUAGUUUGAACGAGGAUGCGGAAACGAGGCUGUACUCAGCUCAGGCGUUCCUUACUGCGCAGGAGGUUUUGGAGGAGUGUAGGAGGGUGUUUGAUAAGAUCGACCAUGCGGUUGAGGAGCAGAGGCGCGAUAAUACGAAGAAUCGAGUCGCUCGUGUGACGAGAAAGUUUGGGCUCGCGCUGAUGGAAGGAGAUCUCGAUGCAAUGAGGACUAAUUUGGAGAGAUUGAAGAGUACUGUAUUGCUGAUGUUGAAUGUGAUUAUAUAUGCCGGGCAGAUUCGGUGUAAAUCCGAGUCCCCUCUCUUAAAAGAACAACGAGAACUUAUAAAUCUCCUCGUGGCAGAGAAAAAGGCCAACGAGGAAAAAUACACCAAUCUCAAAACAGCCAUCGAGUCGGUCCAGGUGAACAAUCACUUUCAAGCGUUGUCCUCAUCCAUCAGCCAGGAUACAGCAAGUACCACAAGCACUGCAUGCGACCCCCUCCCGACAGAAAUAAAAGAGUACCAAAUCCUGUUCAGAGACCUUCUCGACCGAGUCGACGCCUGCAAAUACACCCUCGAACCAAGCCGACACCGACGUAUCCGCAGCGGCGUCAUGGAUCUGAAUUUGGCCGAGGAAAUACUAUUCCAGUCCGCCAAUAGACAGAAUCUUUCACAGCUGGCUUGUGAAGAUUCGGUAUCCGAAUCGCAAGCUAUACAAAGCCCUGCAGCGAGCAGAAAGAAGCGAAAAGCACGACUGGUGCCUGCAUAUUUUGGCAGUGACGCCGGAUUACCCGCGGCUUGUUGUAGCCCGUACUCCUCCUUCGAGUCGGACUUCAGUGGUAUCAACCAUCCUGCUGCAGCGGUAACCGUUGAUCAGAAAGCAGCAGCACCAUGGCUUGGGGAGUUUAGUCCGAUGGCGCUUACGUCUGUGGAGCAGGGUCAUGCUAGCUCACCGGAGGAUUUUAAGUCUUUGCCGUCGGGACCUCCUCUGGAUCGGGGAAGCCAUGACAGUUACAGUCGCUCAGUGGUUGUCGCUGAUGCUGUGAAUGAUGUGGUUCUUGAGUGGACGACUAUAGAAAGUGGUGAAUUACUUGGUUAGAUUUUCAGAACUGGUUUGUGAGCAUUCAGUAGAGUGCUUUAUCCAAGGGGAUUAAUUGUGUCAUUCCGUAACAUCCAUAUUCCAGCUAGCAAGAUGAUAGCUAGCUAGAACACUUUAUGUAAACCAUUAGACAUCUCUAUGCUAUACAUUCGACCGUAUAAAAAGCCAUAAGCAUUCCCGAAACU